AUGGAGGAGAGGGGCCCUCCCUCCACUUCCAUUCAAGUCUCCGGCGACUAUCCCAACCACCACUUCCAUCAAAAUCUCCAAGACGUCCGUCCGGGGACUUACGUUGUCCAAGUCCCAAAAGACAGAAUUUACAGAACCCCACCACCGGAAAAUGCCUUGAUCGCCGAACGCCACCGUAAUGCUCCUUCUAAGAAACCAUCUGGGUUUCCUCUUAAGUGUGUCUUGAUCUCCAUCAUCAUCUUUGUGCUCUUCUUGGGCCUCAUUGGUGGGAUCAUUUUAGCUGUGAUCAAGAAAGACGACCCUCGGUUUCGGGUCAAACGUGUUCGGGUGACCACGAAAGGCAAAACCCGACAACAGAAACACGAGUUCGAUAUCACAUUGGCAUCAAGAAACCCUAAUGCUUACACCAUCAUUGCCUUUGAUGAUCAUGGGAAAACUUCUUUAUCUUUUAAAGAUAAGAAAUUUGCAAAUGGGAACUUUCCAUCAUCCCAACAAGACCCUAAAAACUCCAAGGAUGUCAAGUUAACCCUAACGAGUUCCUCAAAAACGAAGUUACCUACAGAAAUUCAAAAAAGCAUGAAUGAAACAGUAAAAUCCAAAAAACAUGUAGAUAUAUUACUCGAGUUUAGGGUUCCGGUGAAAAUGAAGGUCGGGACAUUGGAAAUGAAGAGCAAGACGAUUUCGAUGUUGUGCCAUUUCAAGCCAUGGCUGCAGCCACUUGAUGGUGGUUCGGUGGCCAUUGCUGCAGUCACUUGA